AUGUCUACUUCAGCCAGUCAAUCGACAGAGAAUGUAACCCCGCAAUCUCGCCAAGCGGCCGAAGAGGCACGCAAAGAUCGAACUCUAGCAGAGUUCAUGUUGAUGCUUGACGAUUAUGAGCCUCUUAUCCCUAAUGAGGUCACCGACUACUAUCUUCAACGUGUUGGUUUCGAAUGUGACGAUGUUAGACUGAAACGCUUGUUGUCUCUUGCCGCUCAGAAAUUUGUCUCGGACAUUGCUGCUGACGCGUAUCAACAUGCUCGCAUUCGCACCAAUGCUGCUGGUGGCAGGGCGCGUCCCCAGACUUUUGGAAACUUUGGUCCAGCCAAAGACAAGACUCGGACAACGCUGACCAUGGAAGACCUCAGUGCAGCGCUUUCAGAAUAUGGCAUCAACGCGCGAAAACCUGAAUUCUAUCUGUAA